UCCCUAUUUUGGCCGCCAAAUCAUUAGGCCAAAGUCCGUGCCAAAAAGAGCUAUAAAAUAACUGGAUGGUCCGUUUCAGCAUUAAGUGGAGAAUUCAAAUUGAAACGUUAAUCAUGAAGUUUUUUCAAUUUGCGACGAUUUUAGUUCUGUUGGCGAGUUUAUUUUCGCUCUCAAACGGGACCAGAAAUUUGGAUGAGAUUGAAGUCAAUGGUGGAAAGGCAUGCGCAGUAUGCACAGUGGUGGUAGGCUUAGUCGAACAGCUGGCGGAAGUGAACAACAAAACGGUGACGGACAUGGUGUCGGAGCUUUGUAUGUUCUUGCCCUCUGAAUACACGAUCCUUUGUGACAUCCUCGUUCAUCUGUGGGGACCAGCUAUCAUAGAAAAACUGAGCCGAAAAGAGAGCCCCGAUGUCGUUUGCUACAGUUUGGGCAUCUGUCACGUUGACCCGGGGUUGGAUUAUUGCCAUCUGUUCCCAGAGCCUGAAGGUGGAAUGGAGAAUGCCGUUCGCCUGUCGAGAAGCGGAUCCACAGUUCUACCAUUUUUUCACUGGUCCCUGGUGGAGCGACUGAGUUCUGCAUGUGAGCUGCCAGGCGUCAGCAUGGUUUGUCGCACCAUUCAAAGCAUUCUGGGAAAAAUGAAGCCCUUCAUUGACUUGGAUGGCGAUCAGUACAGCAUUAUUGAGACUUUCAGAGGUGACGCGUGGAGAGGCAGAGAUUGCGAUGAUGUGAACGAUAUGAUUUAUCCAGGACGCAAGCCCAUGAACAGCGAUAUUGCUGCUGAUUCCAACUGCAAUGGAAUAUAUGGAGUAAAUGAGACUUCUGGGCUGCCCUAUGAAGACGAGCUGUGCGAGGGCACCAACUCCCAGGGGCUCAUCUACAUCGGAGACUCGAUCGGGGCGCAUUUUCACAUUCCUCCAGAAUGGCUCACGGCCAGGCAGCUCUCCAUGGAAAUUUUAAAAAACUUCAGCUUUGUGAUCGGCAAUGAAUUGGAUUGGCCUCAGAGCUCUUUUCCCACAGGCUAUCAAAACGUGUCGAUGCCCAUCAUCGAAGGUCAAACCGACUCCAUAUACUGGAGAAUGAGGCAGAGGAACCUCUGCAACCACAGAGACUUCCAGAACAUAUGCUUCAACGGAGCGGCGUCCGGUUCGAUGCUAUCCUACUUGAAAAGCAUCGCCCGGAAGCCUCAGAUUGACAAGCCUGCCGUCGUCUUCUACGGGAUGAUGGGCAACGACGUCUGCGAAAGGUGGAUGAAAUCUCUGGACGACCUCACAACUCCCGAGGAAUUUAGAUCGAAUGUCAUCAAAACAUUGGACACUCUGGAGGGGAUCCUCCCCGAAGGAAGUCACGUGCUUCUCAUCGGCCUCGUGAACGGCAGUUUCAUCUUCGACACGAUGGGUGAGCGGCUGCAUCCCAUCGGACGGUUGCGCGGUGACGUCCGCUACAAAGACGGCUACGAGUGGUUCAACUGCAUGCGCAUAGGACCCUGUUUCGGGUGGAUGAACAAGAACGCUACCAUCCGAGAUGCCACCAGCCAGAGAGCCGAGGAACUCACUAAUGUGUUGAAGGACAUCGCAGCAAACAAAAAAUAUGAUUCGUUUUCCAUCCACUUCCUCAGCAAUCCAUUGAGCACAGUUAUUCGUCAGUGGGAAAAAGAUGGUUUCGCGCUGUGGAAACUUCUUGAACCCGUAGACAGUCUGCAUCCUGUGCAGGAAGUCCUGCCCCUCAUCACCCAGGCCAUGUGGUCCGAAAUCGAAGCAAACUAUCCAGAAAUACUGGGGGACGUGAAUCCAAACAAUGGAGCCAUUCGCAAAAUUUUUGGUGACCAAGGUGGACACUAACCUGAGAACUGUUCAUUCCAUUUGUAAUAUAGUUUCACCCAAGCAAUUCACGAGAUUAACAUGGGACUACCUGCUUCAUCCAAAUAAUUUAUAAUUAUUCAUUGCUUAUAGACUCAGGAUAUACUCAUCUUUUGGAUGCAAUAAAUGGUUUAUCGAAAA